GCCGACUCUCCGCAUCCUGUGCCUGUGUGUCCCCUUGCCGCUAAACCACUGCGUCCCAUCCACCUCCAGCUACCUGUCGUCCAUCUGUUCGUCUCCUGAUCACCCAUCCACCCCAACAACACCACUUCACCAAGCCGACGCAAACCACAAACCCGUCGUCACAAUGGCCGAGACCGCUUCUCCCAUUGGCAUUGCCAACCUGCCCAACCAGCGGCACAAGAUUGUUGCCAAGCGUGGUGCUGCCUUCACGAUCAUGGUCGCGGGUGAAUCAGGCCUUGGAAAGACAACAUUCAUCAACACCCUCUUCUCGACCACCAUCAAGAACUAUGCCGACCACAAGAGGCGCCACCAGAAGCAGGUCGACAAGACCGUAGAGAUCGAGAUCACAAAGGCCGAGCUCGAGGAGAAGUUCUUCAAGGUCCGCCUCACUGUCAUCGACACCCCUGGUUUCGGCGACUACGUCAACAACCGCGACUCCUGGAUGCCCAUUAUCGAGUUCCUCGACGACCAGCACGAGUCUUACAUGCUCCAGGAGCAACAGCCCCGCCGCCAGGACAAGAUUGACCUCCGCGUCCACGCUUGCUUGUACUUCAUCCGUCCCACUGGCCACACCCUGAAGCCGUUGGAUAUUGAGGUCAUGAAGAGACUGUGCUCCAGAGUCAACCUGAUUCCCGUCAUCGCCAAGGCUGAUACUCUCAGCCCCGUCGACCUCGCCAAGUUCAAGGCUAAGAUCCGCGCCGUUGUCGAGGCUCAGAGCAUCAAGAUCUACCAGCCCCCGAUUGAGGAGGAUGAUGAGGCGGCUGCUCAGCAUGCCCGCAGCCUGAUGGCCGCCGUGCCCUUCGCUGUCAUUGGCUCCGAGAAGGACGUCAAGACCAGCGAUGGCCGCAUCGUCAAGGGUCGCCAGUACUCGUGGGGUGUUGCCGAGGUCGAGAACGAGGACCACUGCGACUUCAAGAAGCUUCGCUCGAUUCUGAUCCGCACACACAUGCUGGAUCUCAUCCACACCACUGAGGAGCUCCACUACGAGGCGUACCGUGCGCAGCAAAUGGAGACUCGCAAGUUUGGCGAGGCUCGUCCCCGCAAGCUCGACAACCCCAAGUACAAGGAGGAGGAGGAGGCGCUCCGCAAGCGGUUCACUGAGCAGGUCAAGAUCGAGGAGCAGCGCUUCCGGCAAUGGGAGCAGAAGCUCAUUGCCGAGCGCGAUCGUCUCAACAAGGACCUCGAGCAGACACACGCCCAGAUCAAGCAGCUCGAGACCGAGCUCGAGCAGAUGCAGGGCAGCGUCGCGCGCAGCGGUCGCCGCUAAACUCAGCCGAGUUGGACGGGAGUCUGAGCAGGAGCCUGCGUGGGAAAACUUGGCGACAAUGUGGCGACUGCGCUGCCUAUGCCAACUGGUCUUGCACGAGAUUCGGAAAUCUAUCAUUCCUCUUGCGGCGAUAUAUAUGCUUGAGAGAGCUAAUCAUGCGAACUGCUCGCUGGAGACGUUCUAGACGGAGGCACGACCACUCUUCAUUUUUUCGAGGUUGCUGCCCGUGGGAGGGAUGAAAAAGCCACAAUCUGCGAUUAUUGUCCUUUAUAUUUUAGCCGGCAAACGGGGAAUGCCCGUGGAGGGGAGAUGGCCUCGUCUCCCUGCAAUUGCCCCGCGAAGAAGCAGUCAGGUUUAUUAGUUCAUGGUGUAAUCCAAAGCUUUCUUAUGAUACCAGUUAAACCUUUACUCUAGUUCACAGC